AUGACACGCGCCCAGCAGACCAUCUCCAUCGGCCUCCUUGUCACAUCUCUGCCCCUCUGGGCCCUCGUCUCGUUCGGCGCCUUCCUCUUGUUCCGCCUCGGCUGGAACGUCAUGACCUUCCACGACGUGCCCGAGGCGCACAAGGAGCUGAUGACCGAGAUCGACCUGGCGAAGGCGGAGCUGCGGGGUCUGGGUGUCGACGUGGACUAA